AUGUGCAUUUGUCUUCUUUUUAACAUUGUAGGUUUCCGUUUAAUGACGCAGCUGCGAGGCAUGCGCGUGGUGCUAGCGCUACUUUCCACACUGCUGCUUGUUAUGUUCACGGGGGCUCAGAGAGCUUGCCCAAAGAACUGCAGAUGUGAUGGCAAAAUUGUGUACUGUGAGUCUCAUGCUUUCGCAGAUAUCCCAGAGAACAUUUCUGGAGGAUCGCAAGGCUUAUCAUUAAGGUUCAACAGCAUUCAGAAACUCAAAUCCAAUCAGUUUGCUGGCCUUAACCAGCUUAUAUGGCUUUAUCUUGACCAUAAUUACAUUAGCUCGGUGGAUGAAGAUGCAUUUCAAGGCAUCCGUAGACUGAAAGAAUUAAUUCUAAGCUCCAACAAAAUUACCUAUCUGCACAAUAAAACCUUUCACCCGGUUCCUAAUCUCCGCAAUCUGGACCUCUCCUACAAUAAGCUUCAGACUUUGCAAUCGGAACAAUUCAAAGGCCUCCGGAAACUCAUCAUUUUGCACUUGAGAUCCAACUCACUCAAGACUGUGCCAAUACGAGUUUUUCAAGACUGUCGAAACCUCGACUUCCUGGAUUUGGGUUACAAUCGUCUCCGCAGCUUGUCCCGCAAUGCUUUUGCUGGCCUCCUGAAGUUAAAGGAACUCCACCUGGAGCACAAUCAGUUUUCAAAGAUCAAUUUUGCUCAUUUCCCGCGUCUCUUCAACCUCCGCUCCAUUUACUUACAAUGGAACAGGAUUCGCUCCAUCAGCCAAGGCUUGACAUGGACUUGGAGUUCCUUGCACAACUUGGAUUUAUCAGGGAAUGACAUCCAAGGAAUCGAGCCGGGCACAUUUAAAUGCCUGCCCAAUCUGCAGAAAUUGAAUCUGGAUUCCAACAAGCUCACCAACAUCUCCCAGGAAACUGUCAACGCGUGGAUAUCAUUAAUAUCCAUCACUCUGUCUGGAAAUAUGUGGGAAUGCAGUCGGAGUAUCUGCCCUCUAUUUUACUGGCUGAAGAAUUUCAAAGGGAAUAAGGAAAGCACCAUGAUAUGUGCGGGACCUAAGCAUAUCCAGGGUGAAAAGGUGAGCGACGCCGUGGAAACCUAUAACAUCUGCUCUGAAGUCCCGGUGGUCAACACAGAAAAAGCCCACCUGGUGCCCCAAACUCCCCAGAAGCCUCUGAUUAUUCCCAAACCGACAGUCUCCCAAUCUGACCCCGUCCAGCCCACCCUGGAAGCACCCAGCGCCUCCCCGGGCUUUCAGAUCCCCGGCGCAGAACAAGAAUAUGAGCACGUUUCGUUUCACAAAAUCAUUGCCGGGAGCGUGGCCCUGUUCCUCUCGGUGGCCAUGAUCCUCCUGGUUAUCUACGUGUCCUGGAAACGCUACCCCGCCAGCAUGAAACAGCUCCAGCAGCACUCUCUCAUGAAGAGGCGGCGGAAAAAGACCAGGGAGUCUGAAAGACAAAUGAAUUCCCCGUUACAGGAGUAUUACGUGGACUACAAGCCUACAAACUCUGAGACCAUGGAUAUAUCCGUUAAUGGAUCUGGGCCCUGCACAUAUACCAUCUCUGGCUCCAGGGAAUGCGAGGUCCCACACCAUGUGAAGCCCUUGCCGUAUUACAGCUACGACCAGCCGGUGAUCGGGUACUGCCAGGCUCACCAGCCGCUCCACGUCAACAAGGGCUAUGAAGCCGUGUCCCUGGAACAGGACGAAACCCCCGGCCUGGAGCUCGGGCGUGACCACAGCUUCAUCGCCACCAUCGCCAGGUCAGCAGCACCAACCAUUUACCUUGAGAGAUUAACAAACUAA